GUCCUCCUCCUCCUCCUCACCCACCACAUUCCGCAUUCCUGUCUGUUGAAAAUCCGAUUACAUUGUCCAGAAUUGUCUUGAGUCGGGUUAGCCAACGCUUAUCAAGAUUACAUCUACUUUAAGCCCGGUCGCGUCACAAGGACUGUAUCAUUCCUUGCGACAUCCACUGCUCGACCUUUUCUUGGCAACGCUAGGCCUGGGUGGUUUAUACUAGCGGGUGGUGAUCGACUCGCCGAUAUAAGCUCCUUGUUCCCCCCCUGGUCGCGACACACGGCCUAUCGCCUCGGCUGCUCAUCCCUUUCGCACGGGUUUUCAAAUUCCGGCCCUGUCCUACCUCUCACUGUCUUCUCGCUCCCCGUCUUAAGAGAAAGUUUCACAUGCCGCCACCGGCCUCUUCAGUGGAUUUCUCCAAUCUGCUGAAUCCUCAGAGCAAUUCGACUGAGUCUACUCCGUCCUCACCUACCACCCCUGUGGAUAGCUCGAGAGGUCCUUCUACUCCGUCCAGCGCUCAAUCCACUUCUACUAUGGCUUCGUCCGUCAGUCUUCUCCCUCCUUUGAUGAAGGGUAGCCGUCCUGCGACCGAAGAAGUGCGCCAAGAUCUUCCUCGGCCGUACAAGUGCCCGCUGUGUGAUCGUGCCUUCCACCGCCUGGAGCACCAAACGAGACAUAUCCGCACCCACACGGGCGAGAAGCCUCACGCGUGCCAGUUUCCCGGCUGCACCAAGCGAUUCAGUCGCUCUGACGAACUCACUCGCCACUCGCGAAUUCACAACAACCCCAACUCGAGGCGCAGCAACAAGGCUCAGCAUCUCGCUGCGGCUGCUGCGGCCGCAGCUGGUCAGGAGAAUGCGAUGCCCAACAAUGCAGGGGCCCUGAUGCCCCCUCCCAGCAAGCCGAUGACUCGCUCUGCGCCUGUUUCGCAAGUUGGCUCUCCCGACGUUUCUCCUCCCCACUCUUUCUCCAACUAUGCCAACCACAUGCGCUCCAACUUGGCGCCUUACGCCCGUAACGCCGAGCGGGCAUCUUCGGGCAUGGACAUCAAUCUCCUUGCCACCGCUGCCUCCCAGGUGGAGCGGGACGACCACUUCAGCUUCCAUGCCGGCCCUCGCAAUCACCACUUGUUCAGCAGCUCCCGCCACCACGGCAGCGGUCGUUUGCCUUCUCUCUCGGCGUACGCGAUCACGCAUAACAUGAGCCGGUCGCACUCGCAUGAAGAAGACGACAGCUAUUCUCAUCGUGUGAAGCGUUCCAGGCCCAAUUCGCCCAACUCGACCGCUCCAUCCUCGCCCACCUUCUCGCAUGACUCCCUUUCACCUACUCCUGACCACACGCCUUUGGCUACCCCCGCCCACUCUCCGCGGCUGAGACCUCUGGGAUCGAGCGAUCUACACCUUCCCUCAAUUCGUCAUUUGUCGCUCCACCACACCCCCGCCCUGGCUCCCAUGGAGCCACAACCGGAGGGUCCCAGUUACUACAGCCCCAGUCAGAGUCAUGGUCCGAGCAUCACCGAUAUUAUGUCCAAACCCGAUGGCACACAGCGCAAGCUACCUGUUCCUCAGGUACCGAAAGUGGCAGUCCAGGAUAUGUUGAAUCCUGGCAGUGGGUUUUCCUCGGUCACCUCGUCCACCGCCAACUCAGUCGCGGGCGGCGAUUUGGCCGACCGUGCCUUUUAAAUCGACCCCCGUGCCGAUACAUUUGGGUUUGUAAACUUGGAUUCCGACAAAAAAGCAUUAUAUCUUCAUGCGUGCUACGACCGAAUAGACUUGUGCAUUUACAAUGGUUCAUGGGCAUCAUCGGUGUCAAUUGGUUGGGCGGUUUUUUCUUUAUUAUCUUUACAUUGCUUUGGACUCAUGGCUUUUAUACACUUCUUUGUAUUCUUUUGCGAGGCGUCACUACCAAUAGAUGGAUGGGAUAUCUUGUGAAUUGUUUCUGUCCCUUCCGAUUCUCACUUGAGUGUCUGAUCUCCUGAUCACAUUCCCCCUUCUCCUCUCGGAACAUCUCCUAUCUUCAAUAUCCAAACCUGGGCAGCGGGAUUCGCUGCUCAGCUCCUGUCCCUCAUGGCCUUGUAGCCACGAGGAUGAAAAAUACCGACUACCAUU